GAAUUCUGUAAAUGUUCAGUUUUAUGUUUGUACCUGUAAUAAUAAGAACAUAAUAUAGUAAAGUACAAUCUACAAAGUAAGUUUCAAUAAUACUAGUGUAAAUAAUAAACAAGCACCUAGUUUCUGAAGUUCCUAAACCAGUUAGCACCAUGGGUGACAAUUUUCAAAAUAAAACAAUGGCUCCGGUUAUGAUGGACUAUGAUUUUAAAAUAAAGACUCAAAACGAGCGGUCAAAAGUCGAGGAUCUGUUUGACUUCGAAGGUUGCAAGGUUGGCAGAGGGACUUACGGGCACGUCUACAAGGCAAGGAGGAAAGACGGCUCGGAUACAAAAGACUACGCGUUGAAGCAAAUCGAGGGCACGGGAUUAUCGAUGUCUGCUUGUCGAGAGAUUGCGCUACUCCGGGAGUUGAAGCAUUCAAAUGUGAUAAACCUCAUAAGAGUUUUCUUGUCACACACGGAUCGGAAGGUGUGGCUGCUGUUUGACUAUGCGGAGCAUGAUCUGUGGCACAUCAUCAAGUUCCACAGGGCUGCAAAGGCUAACAAAAAGUCUGUUAUGGUUCCUAAGGGCAUGGUCAAGAGUUUGCUGUAUCAGAUUUUAGAUGGGAUACAUUAUUUACAUUCCAACUGGGUUUUACAUAGAGACUUGAAACCAGCAAACAUUCUAGUGAUGGGUGAGGGCCCUGAGCGGGGCAGGGUAAAGAUUGCAGACAUGGGCUUCGCCCGACUGUUCAAUGCCCCAUUGAAGCCCCUUGCUGACUUGGAUCCAGUGGUGGUCACCUUCUGGUACAGGGCACCAGAACUCUUGUUAGGGGCACGACAUUAUACUAAAGCUAUUGAUAUUUGGGCCAUAGGCUGCAUCUUUGCUGAGCUACUCACGUCCGAGCCGAUAUUCCACUGCAGACAGGAAGACAUAAAGACCAGCAACCCGUACCACCAUGACCAGCUGGACAGGAUAUUCAAUGUCAUGGGCUUUCCGCAGGAGAAGGACUGGGAAGACAUCAGGAAGAUGCCAGAGCAUGCUACUCUAGUCAAAGAUUUCAAAAGAUCUAAUUACCAAAACUGCUCACUAGGAAAAUAUAUGGAUAGACACAAGAUCAAGCCAGACAGCAAAGCAUUCAGUCUAUUGCAAAGGCUUCUGUUGAUGGACCCAAAUAGGAGAAUAACGUCGGAAAUGGCAAUGCAAGAUCCGUACUUUUCCGAAGAUCCAUUGCCCACUCAGGAUGUAUUUUCUGGAUGCCCCAUUCCCUAUCCAAAGAGGGAGUUCUUGACUGAUGACGACCAGGAUGACAAGAGUGAUUCAAAAGCGAGACAAAACCAACAACAGCAGCAACAAAAUAAUAAUCAGCAGAAUCAGGUGCAAGCCAAUAACCAUGACCACGGAGCCAGCAACGCAAAACGAAUGAGGAUGCCAGGUCCGAAUCAAGGCAACAAUACGGGCGGCGGCGCGCCGCAGGACUUCCACCAGCAGCAGAUGAUGUUCGGGCAACAGCAGCAAGGCAACCAGCAGCAGGGCAACUUCCAGCAACGCUUCUAGAAUAUUCCACACGCUGACUUGAAGGCUUGUGGUUAAGUUUACUACUCAUUUUUUGCUAAGCCUUGCUAUUCGAGGCAACCAGCAGCAAUGCAACUUCUAGUAACGCUUCUAGAAUAUUCCACCAGCAUUCACACGCUGACCGGAAGGCUUGUGGUUAGGUUAACCUACAAUUUUUUGCUGAGUCUUGCUUUUCUAGGCAACCAGCAGCAAGGCAACUUCCAACAACACUUCUGGAAUAUAGCACUAGCUGAUUCUCACUCUAAUUUGAAGGAGAAAGGCUUGUGGCACAGAGCGUAUACGCCUUAGUACGGAAAUUGUUCUAGUGUCUACGUGCGCGAGACAUGUCUGUCUGUACACGUGUCAAGGAAAGUUACUUAGAUCAAUCAGUUGAAAAUAUUUUAGCGUAACCAUCGCAACUGCAUCGUUAAAGCCGGUUAGGAAACUGCUCAGUCGAAUGCGUAUAUGGCAUUCGGCUCGUUAUUUUCUAAUAGGCACCGAAAAAAAUCAGGCCGAAUUAGCUCCGUCUUGUCCGACUGGUAUGUUUGACUGCUACUGUAUGAAAGGUUCGAAUUUCUUCAACACUAGUAAGCCAUGCUCCGAUGUGUGAACAUAUUCGUUCCUACGAUUAGAUGUAGCAUAUAUAAUAACUUGGAUACUAAUCAUUAUGUGCAUAUUUAACGGCCUCCCAGCCUAGUGGGUAGUGACCCUGCCUACGAAGUAAGUAGGAGGUCCCGGGUUCGAAUCCUGGUAAGGGCAUUUAUUUGUGUUCAUCACAAAUAUUUGUUGCAGAGUUAUGGAUGAUUUCUAUGUGUAUAUUACUUCUAUGUGUAUAUUAUCGUCGUCUAGUACCCACAACACAAGGUCGAUCUGUGUAAAAUUGUCCCAUAAUAUUUAUUUAUUUCUAUUUUAUUCUGGCAAGACCGUAAUAUUAAGCAUCUUUAUUUAAUAAGAAAAAGUAGCGCUUUGAUGAAUGAAGCGUACCUAAUCAAUAAUUAGCGCUAGUUUUGGAUGCUUGAUAAAUAUAAAAUUAUUUCCUAAUAGAUUGACCGAGGCAUAACUAUCGCCUCGAUUCGAACUUUAAGAUCCGUCAAAUACGACGUCUGGAUACGAUAUGGAUUUGAUAUAUCAGUGUUAAAAAUGACGUUUUUGUUCGAAUCGGACCUUUAAACUUUGCAGAUUCCAUAUGGUGUAAAGGAGUAGGUAUGUUUUGAAAUAUUUAAUGUUUGUUUAGCUCUGUGAGCAGUGUUUAUCUAAAAUACUCUCUUAUAAUGUAAGAAUAAAAUGAUUCUCAAUAAGUUGUACUAUUUCAAAUACGGACUGAAAUAAUUAAUGAAUUGUAAAUAGUGUAGAAUAUGACAAGAAAAACAAUAAAAAAUAUUUUAAUACUGUAAAAGUAUAAA